AUGGCUGAGCCUGUGUUCAUCGACGCCUCCCGGGCAUCCUCUUCUUUAUGGGAUCGCGUGUCUAGCUGGGUUUCGGAGAACAAAGCGAUCGCAUACACAAUCGCUGGGACUGUCGUGGUCAUCACCAGUGCGGGAGCCAUCUACUACUUCUCCGGACAGAGAGCAGGCACACCUCCUGCGGCCACAGAGAAGAAGAAGAGCAAGAAGGAGCGCCGGAAAGAGAAAAAGGCCGCCGAGGAAGCACAAAAGGCUGGUAUCAGUCUUAAAGACGUUGAGGCCGGAGCAGUUCCCCCCAAACCUACUGCCGUCGAGACUGAGGACGAGUUACCAGAAAUUACUGAGUCUACGGUGGAGAGCUUCACCGCGGAGGAGAGGGCGACCUAUGCAGGCAAAUUAAAAGUUGCAGGCAACAAGGCAUAUGGCUCUAAAGAUUACAACAAGGCAAUCGAACUUUACGGCAAAGCGAUCCUCUGCAAACCUGACCCAGUCUACUACUCCAACCGAGCCGCUUGCUACAAUGCCCUUAGUGAAUGGGACAAAGUUGUGGAGGAUACCAGUGCCGCUGUGUCGAUGGACCCCGAAUAUGUGAAGGCUCUGAAUCGGCGAGCGCAUGCCUACGAGCAUUUGGGCCUGUUUUCGGAGGCUUUGCUGGAUUACACUGCGAGUUGCAUCAUUGACGGCUUCAAGAACGAGAGCAGCGCUCAGAGUGUGGAGAGGUUGUUGAAGAAGGUCGCUGAGAAGAAGGGCAAGGCUAUUCUUGCGGGCAAGAAGAACAAGUUGCCAAGUGCCACUUUCGUCUCCAACUAUCUCCAAAGCUUUCGCCCGCGCCCACCUCCGGCUGGAUUGGAAGAAUCAGUCGAACUAGACGAGAAUACCGGCGAGGGCCAGCUACAACGCGGGCUCAUCGCUAUGAAGAAGAAGACGGCCCAAGGAUAUGACGAAGCUGCAGCGGCGUUCAAAAAGGCCGUUGAGCUCGGAGAGCUCGGAGAACACGAAGCCUUUGCGCUCAACAUGCACGCAACUUUCUUGUAUCUCGAAGGGGACACUACAGAGGCCCUUCAAGAUCUGACCAAAGCUGUGGAAUUGCAACCUUCGUUGACCCAAGCCUAUAUCAAGCGUGCUAGUAUGCAAUUGGAGCUGGGCAACAAGGACCUGGCCGCGGAGGAUUUCGAAAAGGCUCUGGCACAGAACAAGGACGAUCCAGAUAUCUAUUACCACCGAGCUCAACUGCAUUUCAUCCUUGGAGAAUUCGCCGACGCUGCUAAGGACUACCAGAAAUCGAUCGACCUCGACAGGGACUUCAUCUACUCCCACAUCCAGCUCGGUGUCACCCAGUACAAGAUGGGCUCGAUCGCGUCAUCAAUGGCGACGUUCCGCCGGUGUAUCAAGAACUUCGAUAAGGUGCCAGAUGUCUACAACUAUUACGGUGAGCUGUUACUUGACCAACAAAAGUAUCAAGAGGCAAUAGAGAGGUUCGACACAUCAAUCGACAUGGAAAGACAGACGAAGCCGACAGGUGCUAUCAACGUCCUUCCGCUGAUUAAUAAAGCUUUGGCACUGUUUCAAUGGAAACAAGAUUUCAAGGCGGCGGAGGAGUUGUGUGAAAAGGCGCUCAUUCUUGAUCCUGAGUGCGAUAUCGCGGUUGCCACCAUGGCACAGCUUCUCCUCCAGCAAGGCAAGGUUGUCCGCGCUUUGGAAUAUUUUGAACGAGCGGCCGAGCUCUCGAGGACCGAGGGAGAGAUUGUCAACGCGCUCUCGUACGCCGAAGCCACACGAACGCAACUGGAAGUAUCGCAAAAGUACCCUCGAUUGGCAUCGCGGCUUCAGCAGAUGGAAGGGGCGGGACUUGGUGGUCCCCCUGGCGUGAGAUAG